CCUCAAAUUCUGGAAUCAUGGUGCUCAGACUUCCCAUUCCUCCUUUCCCCUCCAGGAUGGGUUUCUUCAGGUUUCUGUGUUCUAUUAAGAACGAUAUAAUCCUCUUUCUGACACCAUGCGUCCUCCUUCCUCUACCACUGCUGAUCGGGACAUCGGAGGCCGAAUGCGCCUAUGUGAUCAUCUUGAUGGCUGUGUACUGGUGCACGGAGGUACUGCCAUUGGCUGUGACCUCGCUCCUACCAGCUAUCCUUUUUCCCUUUUUUGGCAUUAUGCAGUCUAAAGAUGUGGGUAUGCAGUACUUGAAGGACACCAACUUGUUAUUUGUGGGUGGACUGCUGGUUGCUGUGGCUGUAGAGCACUGGAAUUUGCACAAACGCAUUGCUUUAAGGGUGCUGCUUUUUGUUGGUGUGCGACCAGCACUGUUGAUGCUGGGUUUCAUGGGUGUUACUGCAUUCUUGUCAAUGUGGAUCAGUAACACAGCUACCACAGCCAUGAUGGUCCCCAUUGUUCAAGCAGUGCUGGAUCAGCUCAACACCACUGAAAGCGAAGUGCCACAAACCAUCAGUUCAGAUCAGAAUAUUCAGACUUCUGAGACUGACAGCAAACCACCUGUUCAGACAGAAAAGGAGAAUGAAGGACAGGGUCCCGUGGUGGUGACUUUCCUAGAUGCCUCAGUAGAGGUUGCCAGGCAUAAGGAGGCAAUGGAGAGGAGGAAAAUGGGUAAAGGGAUGACCUUGUGCGUUUGUUACGCCGCUAGCAUCGGGGGCACUGCCACCUUGACAGGAACUGGUCCAAAUCUGGUGCUUAAGGGACAAAUGAACCAACUGUUUCCUGAAAAUGACGAUGUGAUUAACUUUGCCUCUUGGUUCGGAUUUGCAUUCCCAAAUAUGAUUAUUAUGUUGACUCUAGCCUGGCUUUGGUUGCAGUUCGUCUUCAUGGGAUUUAAUUUCAGGAAAACAUGGGGCUGUGGGACAACCAAAACAGAAAAGGAGAUUGCUGCAUAUAAUGUGAUCCGUGAGCAACAUCGACAGCUGGGGCCAAUGAGUUUCGGAGAGAUAAAUGUCCUGUUUCUCUUCGUUUUGCUGGUACUCCUUUGGUUCUCAAGAGAUCCAGGUUUUGUUCAUGGCUGGGCUACCGAUCUAAACUCCAGUGCAGAAUAUGUGACAGAUGCCACAGUGGCGAUCUUUGUGGCCAUCCUCCUCUUCGUCCUACCCUCUGAAUUACCAUGGUUCUGCUCAUGCAGGACUCAAAGGUUGGACAUAACAACACAGCAGUCCUCUGGCUCAACACCUCGACUCCUCAGCUGGAAAGUUGCCCAAAAGAAGGUACCCUGGGGCAUUGUCCUUCUCCUUGGGGGUGGGUUUGCCCUCGCUAAAGGAAGUGAAGUAUCAGGACUGUCUAAGUGGAUGGGAGACCAAAUGGCUCCCCUGCAGAACAUCCCUCCUUGGGGAAUUGCUAUCAUUUUAUGCCUACUGAUUGCUACUUUCACAGAGUGCACCAGUAAUGUGGCGACUGCAACGCUGUUCCUUCCUGUCUUAGCCUCAAUGUCUCAGUCCAUCGGAAUCAAUCCGCUGUACGUCAUGGUGCCCUGUACUCUGAGUGCUUCAUUCGCCUUCAUGCUGCCAGUCGCUACCCCUCCAAACGCCAUUGUGUUUUCUUAUGGACACCUCAAGGUUGCUGACAUGGCUAAGACUGGUAUAGUUAUGAACAUCAUUGGUAUUAUUUGCAUCACACUGGCUAUUAACACCUGGGGCAAAGCCAUGUUUCACCUGGACACCGUCCCCGCCUGGGCAAACGUCACAAGCAAUUGAACGACUUCUGCAGUAGACAUCAUGAUCUAUGCACGCACCGCUGUGCCCUGCCCUCCCCAUCCUCAGAUGACAAACACCUAAAGCCAGACUGAAAGCGCGUGGACCAAGCAGCAAUCUUCAUGCGUUAUGUUGCUGUCUCGAUUUUUUUAUGGAUGUUUAGAGUGACAGAAAAUCAGGGUAAAUUUUAACAGGUAAAGGAUGGAUCAUAGACAGCAACAUUUAUGCAUCAAAAUGAAGCUAUACUGCAAUGAAGGACCUUGGUGCCUUAAAUCACAUGGCAGAAACCAAAAUAAUAUCUGUCAAGUUAACCAUGAAAUCUGGUCGAUCUUGGCAGUUUAUUCUGUCUGUGCCACUGAGGAAUUUUUUUUGUUUGUUUUAUUUAAAUGUAGCCAAAUGUUUAUAGAAAGUGUUUUUUCUACAUAUAUAGAUGCUCUUGCACACUUAAACCUUGACAUUAUUCACAUAUUUUCUAGUAAAAAAAAA